GAGGUCUUCCAAUGUUCAGCUUGUUCAGGCUAGCUAGCUACCACUACAUUCUAACCGUACAAGAGCCAAGACACGAACGAAAUAAGCCGCCGGUGAACGGCGAGAAAGUAUCUACAAGUUUUAACCUUUUUGUAUUUUUGUGUAAUUUGAUUUAACUGGUGGAAAAUUAAGACAAUUUAACGUUAGAAGAUGGCUGUGAACGUUUACUCUACAUCUGUGACCGGCGACAACCUUAGUCGCCAUGAUAUGCUUUCUUGGAUCAACGAGUCUGUACAGAUGAACUACGCCAAGAUUGAGCAGUUGUGCUCAGGUGCUGCUUACUGUCAGUUCAUGGACAUGCUUUUCCCUGGAUGCAUACCGUUGAAGAAGGUUAAAUUCCAGGCCAAACUAGAGACUGAGUUCCUCCACAACUUCAAACUUCUGCAGACCAGUUUUAAGAAAAUUGGGGUUGACAAGAUCAUUCCUGUUGAUAAAUUGAUAAAAGGCAAGUUCCAGGACAACUUUGAGUUUGUCCAGUGGUUCAAGAAAUUGUUUGAUGCCAACUACGAUGGGAAGGAGUAUGACCCAGUCAGUGCUCGCCAGGGCCAGGACACUGCUCCUACGCCCAACCCAGGGCAGGUCGCACCCAAGCCCAGGAAGCCCACCACUGCUCCCAUGAGGUCUACAACAAUAGUGACCAAACCCCCGCCCAAGUCAGCAGGGAGUGCCUUGCGUAGGCCCGGAGGGGCAGGGGACGUGGAGAGGGAGGAGCUAGCCCAAGAGGUCAGUUCCUUGAAGGCCACUGUCCAGGACAUGGAGAAAGAGAGAGACUUUUAUUUUGGAAAGCUGAGGUCCAUUGAGGUCAUCUGCCAAGAGGUGGAUGGAGAGGCAGAUACAACUAUGCAGAAGAUUAUGGAUGUUCUAUACGCCACUGAUGAGGGGUUUGUUAUUCCUGAUUCCGAUGCUGAAGGAGAAGAACCAGAAGAGUUCUGAUGAAAAUGGACACAACUCUAGUCCAUACCAUAAUCACACACACUUAUACACACACACACACACACAGGUUAGUGAACACACGUUUGCAUGUGCAAUGUACAUACACACGCACUCGUGUGCUCUAAUGAACAUGCACUUACUCACACAUACUGCCACUGUGGAUUAAGUUGCCUUUGGAUCAUACACUGGCUGCCCCCUUGGUCCAAGUGUUUGUUGGUCCAAGUGUUCUUUGGACCAUAAUACAUUUCAGAGAGCCUGCUGAUCCAGCCACCAGAGAACAAGAACCCUGGAUGAAAUUCUAAUGGGUCCUUCCUUUCUGGUUUCUCUUCUGCCUUGUCCUUAUUCUGGCCUCUGCUGUGCCUUUCAACUUUGGCCUGUUACUUUUGAAAUAUGUUCAGGUUGUCUUUCUAUUCCUUAUAUAUUUCCAAUUGACCUAAACAAAACUGUACUAGGUUAUUUUGAUAUAUUUGCAAAUAUGAUUAAUUAUUAAAGAUAUAUGAAUAUGUUUACUCUGCCAAUGAAAAUUACUGUAAUUUUUAUGGUAUGUUUACACACAUUCAUUAUAUACUUGAGUUCAAAUUUGUGGUUUAGGCGAUCAGCAUUUUGUAUUUAGUUUAUAUGGUUUAUCUGCGGAGGUAUUCAUCACAUUACUUUUUUUGAAGUAAAGAAAGUAAUGUUUUAUUGAGCACCUUAAAAAAAAAAUAAAAAAAAAAUACUGUACUUCUUACUUAAAUGCUAAAUUAUAGACUCAUUCUGCCAUUUGUGUGUUGUAUGUAGGCUAGAUUUACACUCCAGAGACUAACGUCUCUACCGACCUAUGUUCUAAUUUACUUCCUCAUGUAAGGCAAAGACCGGAUGUAUGGUUGCUUGUCCACACUGAAGAAAUACUUCCUUCUAGUCUACGAUAAGACCAGAACUAUACACUCUUAGCAGAGGAACUGAGAGCUGUCUUUUAGACCACGGAAGUCUGUUUUAAACUUAGGAGCAAUAUAAGGUUUCUACAAGCAUCUCUUGUCUUUAGAAAUGAAGUAUUGAUUGGAGACACUAAAUGUGUUUUUAGGUUGAAGAAAUAACUUGUUUUGACAAGUUGUAUGUUAUUAAAAACUCAUGUGUACAAUU